UUCGCAGCUAAAGAGUCUUACAUCAAGGGUGCUCUAUAAAGAGUGCUAUAGCCCGAUCGUUGAUUUAUUUAUAUAGUUAGUCGGUUUGUUUAUCGAAUUGGGAUAUCGGUUCGAGUGUUGGAGUGGUUCUGAAGAGUGGAUCGAGCGGCGCGCGGGUUCGUGGUUCUCUGCGACGGAAGCGGGCGUCGUCAUUUCCGGUCGCUGCUGGGACGAUUCGAGGUGUCGCCGCCGAUUUUUUUAUGCCGCGGAUGGAUUAAGAACGGCGGACAGCGGGUACACUGCAGCCGGCGGACAUACUUCCGCGGUCCUGGAGUCCAUGUCUGCAGGUGGCAACUACGGGGAAGGUCCCGUGGUGCCGGUGGUGGAUCGAGGCAACGACGGCAGUGGCGCCGGGGGCAACAACGACUUACAGAGCCUCUUGCCCGAGCUCAAUGGCGUGGAGCUGGCAAUGAGCCUGAGCCCCAAAGGGCAUCUGGGUCAGGGAUCGCUCAGCCAUCUUCAGCAGUUACACCACAGCACUCCGUUCAGCGUUACAGACAUUCUCAGUCCUAUCGAGGAGUCGUAUAGGAAGCUGGAAUUGGCGGCCAAUCCGCCAUCACCGUACAGAUCAACCUCAAGCGGAAGCAGUAUAAAUUCUCCGGGUAUCACAGGAACUGGUCCGUGCAGUAUGAACGGCGGUUAUCCCGUCAUGGGCCAGUUCGGCGGUGGCCAGUACUGCCCAGUGUCCGAAAAUUUAGGUCUUGCCUCCCACUACUCCUCUGGAUGGUACCAAAGCUCAGCGGACCCCAGAUUUGCAAUUUCCAGGCUGAUGGGCACUUCGGCCUCCGCCGCCAACAUGGGCCACGGCCUGAACGCGGCCGGCAUGCCUGGCCUGGGCCCGUGCGCGGGCGUGCCGGACGCCAAGCCGAUGCAGUUCCCGCUGGCGCAGCGCCGGAAGAGGCGUGUCCUGUUCACGCAAGCCCAGGUUUACGAAUUGGAAAGGAGAUUUAAGCAACAAAAGUAUCUGUCAGCCCCUGAAAGAGAGCAUUUGGCUUCUCUCAUUCAUCUCACCCCUACCCAGGUGAAAAUCUGGUUCCAAAACCACCGGUACAAGUGCAAGCGACAGGCCAAAGAAAAGGCUAUGGCCGAGCAAAAUCAACACAACCAGUCCUCCAGUUCCCCUCGAAGAGUAGCCGUUCCCGUUCUAGUCAAAGACGGCAAACCGUGUUCGGGUAGCAGUAACCAAACAACCACCUCCACUGGGGGAGGCCAGACAACUUCCGACACGUCCAGGUCACAACAGUCCUCCGCUUGUCAGUCCAGCCAGGCGGCAGCUCAGGCGCAAUGCAUGGCCAACGGUGGCCUGGCUAUGGCCUACGGCAGGCAACAGGCCAACUACCAGCAACAAUGUGGCGCCUAUUUGCCGCUUCAGGCCCGGGCCUGGUAGUGUCACGAGCAAUACGGGCUCGUCUACAGUAGCGACAUGUGAUAUAGUUUCGAUUAAGAAUGUUCGGUUCAGAUCACAACUUAUUUAGUAGCCAGCUAGCCAAUUUUACGUUUAGUUUUUAGUUAUUUACAAAUAAACUUUUAGUCACGCGAUUAAGCUUGAACGGCACAGCGGUGCCCACUUUUACAUAUUCUCUUUUAAUCAACAUAUUUUAGGAAACAAAGAAAUUAAUUAAUUAUAAAUA